UGACUCCCACUGGAGGAGGGGAGGAAACAAUGCAGGUAUUUACGGCCCGGGCGAUGAGCCACGAGAGCGGAGAGGAUCUGGCGGAGAUCGGGUUACUGAGAGGUGUCCCAAUGAGUGGAUCAUGUGGAUCACACAUUUGGGGUGAUCCAUAGUAUGGCUGCUUCGCGAUCGACUCGUGUCACAAGAUCUACAGUAGGAUUAAAUGGCUUGGAUGAAACCUUUUGUGGGCGAACUUUAAGAAAUCGUAGCAUUGCUCAUCCAGAAGAGGUUUUUCCCCAGUCACUACUGAGAUCAAGGUUGCCAAAGAAAAGACCAGAACCAAUACAAAUUCAAAAGGGGGACAUUUCAAAGAACAGUGAGUUAAAGCAAACAGGACAAUGUGAAUCGUGGGUAAGCCCAAGAAAAAGAGGGCUGUCUGUUUCAGAAAAGGACAGUUCUGAGAAAGACAGUGAAGAAAACAGUGAGAUAAGUUUGACUGAACAAUUGUCACCUGUUCUAAAGAAAAUCAAAUUAUUGCAUUCACAGGAUCCAGUUGGUUUAAACAAAGAAAUACCAAGUCAAUUUCCCAAGGAUUCAACGGAAAGCAGAAACUCUGGUUCCGACAAUGAAACAGAUACUAACCCAACUAAACAAUCUAAUCAAUGUCUUUUAUUGGAUGAUAGUGACAAAAGGAAAGUCAAAAAAGAAACUGAGCCAGAGGAACUUUCCAAUUCAGUAACGGAAGACAUUUUAAACCAUCAAACAGUUAAUGGUGUUGAUGGGAAAGACACUGCUGCUUUAACGUGCAAAGACUGCCCUUCUGAUGGGAGCAUAAAACAGAACAAUAAUAUUGUGUUGGAUCCAUCAAAGGAGCUAACAGACUCUGAAAAUGGGAGUUUAUUAGACCCUUGUUCAGUGGUAACCAACAACAAAAAGGACACUCUUUCAGACCACAAUGUGCCUUGCACAAACUCAGAGGAGCAGGGAGAAUCACAGGACCAUAAACUAAUAAAUAAUUGCCUGCCUAGUGAACUUGUUAAUCAGGCCAGCGAACUAGUAACGGGCUCUUGUAUAGACACACUAUCAACUGUAAGGGAUUCUGAAGAGGAAGUUAAUGUUGUAGGAGAGAGUGCCUCAAAGGAGCAUAUUGUUGAGAAUUCAGACAGCUUACUUAGAAGUGAUCAUGAAGAUUCAACAACAGGGGAGCCUAAAUCGGGGCAAUCCCUUAAUGAACUUGACAGUGUUUGCUCUGAAGUGGCAUGCUUUUCAGACACGCAAGAACAUUGGUAUACUUUAAGGACAUCUCCAAGAAGGCCAGGGUCUUGCAAAGAUAGCCGAUGCAAAAGUGAAUCUUUAGUUGUGGGACAGGAACACGUGGAAGAGAAUAUUUCCAAUCAAAAUAGUGAAACAAAUGUUAAUGGCUGUUUAGAACUUGAUGAGGUGGUUAAAGAUGACAAAAAGCAGGUCUGUAAAUCUGAAAAAUGCUCCAUAGAUGAACAAACCAGGCCAUCCUCAGACAUAGCCACAGUUACUGAGUACAUGCCAGCUGUCAAGGAAGGUGGCAGUGUGCAGGUUGUAGAGGAGGAGGAAGAUCCUGAUGUCUACUACUUUGAAUCUGAUCAUGUGGCACUGAAACACAGCAAAGAUUAUAAAAGACUAUUACAGACAAUCUCUGUUCUCGAGGCUCAGCGCUCUCAAGCUGUUCAAGACUUUGAAAGUUUAGGCAGACAGAGAGAAGCGUUGGUUGAUCCCAUUGGAUUUGUGGAAAAGCUUCAGAAGAAGGUAUAUAACAGGGUUAUCUUUAACAGAGAUAUUGGGAUACCUCACCCACAGAGGAUUGUUCAGGUGCCAGACAUUACAUGGGAUCAGUACACUACCAGUCUUGGAAAUUUUGAAAGAGAAUUGAGAAACCAAAAGCGAAAUUCUCGGAGAGUAAGAUUGAUCUUUGAUAAAGCAGGGUUAACUGCGAGCCCCCAAAAGUCUGUGGAAAAUAUGAAGGAUGGUGAAUCUGCUUCAUAUUCUGUUCUACUCCAAAGUGAUGGUCAAGAAGGAUCUACAAGUAGUCAUUCACAGAUAAAAAGUAGACUGUGCGCCGAGACCAAGACUGGAACUUUUAAUCUGCUUUGGACCGUGGAGGAACAGAAAAAACUGGAGAUGCUACUUUUGAUUCCCCCAGAAGAGGUUGAUUCCCGUAGAUGGCAAAAGAUAGCUGAUGAGCUAGGAAACAGAACAGCAAAGCAGGUGGCUAGUCGUGUUCAGAAGUACUUUAUAAAGCUCACAAAAGCUGGUAUUCCUGUGCCAGGAAGAACACCAAAUUUAUACAUGUAUUCUAAAAAGUCUUCAGGCAAACGACACCAUAUUCUCAACAAGCAUCUCUUCCGACCAUCUACCUUCAUGACAUCCCACGAACCACCUGUCUUCAUGGAUGAGGAUGACGACCGCUCCAGUUUUACUAGCAGGGAUCUUGAUGCAGCUGGUGAUGACGAAAUAUCGGAUGAAGAAACGAUUCCCCUUGCUUGCCAUGACCUAGCAGAGUAUAAAGAACUGCUUGAAUUGAAGAAGUUAAAGAAACAGAAGCUUCUGGAAAUGAAAGCAGAAAGUGGCUUUGUGCAACAUAUAGGUUUCAAAUGUGACAACUGUGAAACAGAGCCCAUUCAGGGCAUUCGGUGGCACGGUCAAGAUUGUCCCCAGCGGAUGUCUGUGGAUUUCUGUGACUCUUGCUCAGAUUGUUUAUAUGAAACAGAAACACACAAAGAGAAUCACCAUUUGGAGCCCAUUUAUAGAGCAGAGACAUUGCUAGACAGAGACUACUGCAUGUCCCACAGCACCAGUUACAAUUACCUUGAUCCAAACUAUUUCCCAGCAAACAGAUGACGUGACUGGGCAAACAAAAUAUGCUUGGUAUUUUCUCCAGAAACAAAGGGUGGCAGAGUUGUCAAUAUCAGUCUUCAAUGUGGGAUAAUACUCAAUGUCCCU